AUGCUUCAAUCAAUACUCAUUUAGAAGUUCUAGAUGAUCUUGAAUCUUUAGAAUAAAUUUUAAGAGGUUCGUUAUCUUUGGUAAAUUCUUAUAGCAAAUAAUCAAAAAGAAAAAAUAUGA